AUAUAAUCAGAUCAUACAAGUCGGAACCACACACAGCUAAUAAAUUAGCUUUCUUUUUACUAUCAUCUUCAAUAUCACCUGCCUGCAGACAAAAAGUAAACCGCUCUAUGUAAUUUUUCCAGCAGCCAAGCGCCACAUCAAACUCCCCAAACUUGAUGCCCAUUUUGCACAGUGAUACCUACUUUUAUGCGUUUUUCACUCAAAUCACACACUUUACACUGUAAUUGCACACUAUUGUCCUAGUUUUUCUCGUCGCCACUAAUAUAACUCACAGUUUAGGGGUCCAGACACUGGCAUGGGUCAGGUUCGCGUUGACAGACUGACUUUUCACAACUACCCCACUUUGUACCCAAAUGUCAAAACCUACCCCCAUUGUCUAUACAUAACACAGUUUAUAGAUGCAAGCAAACUCAUAGGGGCUAUAACUGGCGGAAAUCUUAAACAAAUUUUAGAGACAUCCAGUAUUGGGAAACCUCUAAUCAAUAAAAAAGUAUUAUCGUCUAGUGACCGAAAGAUACUGACGGCCCUUAUUGUUGAGGCUGAGGUGCGGAAAUUGAAAGAAAACACUGACCCAAUACGAAAAGAAACCUGGGAUACGUGGACAUCAGAAAUUAUAAAGCUUUUCCCAGGUGAAACAAAGGGGGUAUAUUAUAAUCCUUUUCGUCUUGUUGAUGGAAAAGCUAUCCAGGCCAGUGGCCUGAUAGUGAACCGAUUAAUAACCGUACGCAGAAAAUUAAAUGCAGAAAUCCGCAGCCGCAGCAGAAGUUGUAACAGCAGUAAUAGCGACAAGAGCAGCGACAGCAGCGGAGACCAAAACAAGAGAAAAAAAUCUGCUGUCAAAUCUUCUAAUGCACGGGUUAGACCUUUUCCUGACACCUUUCAAACAAUAAGUACCAAUCAAGACUCUGAAAAAGAUACCGUGCAGUGGUUGAAGCACUCUUCUUCACCGAGAGAAUUGGUAGAAACAAAAUGGAACAGUUGUCUACAUGAACGCAUGGCUGCACUGCAAGAAGGCGACCAUGUUAGUUAUUUGAGCAUCUUCCCAGCACUGCAAUGUCCUUGGGGCUAUGAAUUGCUGGCCAGUGACUUUGACAAAAUAUACCCUGAAAUAGAAGGAAAGUUCGACGAAAAUUUCCCGGUAGUGAAAGGUCGCCUGCUAUCAUUACUAGAUGAGAAGGCUCAACAGCUAACACGACCUGACACUUCUAUUCAAACUGUUUUGGAUCUUGCAACUUCGGGGGAGGAACAAGCGAAUGUUGCGACUUUUCUGGCAGUUCCCCUGUUGCUGAAACAAAUGCACACUGUUCCCGUGAAAGGAGUCAGAAAACCCUGGAACCCGUCUAGAUUAGAAGUAAGCAACGCGUUUUUAAGCUUGGUGCCAUCUACAUCGGACCUUCAAAGCCACUUCAGUGAACGGAAGGCCACAUUGCAGGAAAAAAAAUUGCCUGUUCUUCCAUAUUUGGUUGCUGUUGGGGCUUGCUGGCAGGAUGUUACGCAGUAUGAUUUAAUAAUCUCUGAAGACAUCAGGUACACGUUUCCCAGCAUUUGUAAAGCUGUUUCAAAUACUUUUAAGAUUCUAUGGGCAUUAGACUUACCAUAUUCAAAAGAUUGUGCCCCAGUCUGGAUGUUUAUCCAAAGAAGUAUAUAUGUAAUGAAGAGCAAGUUUGACACUGAAGGCACUCCUAUGCUAGAUUUGCUUGCUUCUGUUUCUAACAGGCACGAUGGUGCUGUGUGCAAUAUGUAAAAGGUCUUUUGUCCAAAUGAAGCAAUUUAAAACCCAUUUUACAUUUUAUCAUCCAGGUAAAUGUUAUAUUUGUCCAAACAUGGAUUGUGGGAGAACUUAUCAACUCUACAAUUCAUUUAGGCGUCAUUAUUUGAAAGAACAUUCAGAUUCUUCUAUGUUACAACAGGCUUCAAGUGUACAGGAUUUUGCUAUUGGACAAGAGACCUCUCCCGUGAAUAAUGAUCCAUUACAUAAUGUGUGUAGCGCAACCGAGUUUCAAAUUAAAGAAAAUAAUAGUACUAUACAGAGUGAUAGCAAACACAACACACCGCCGCUAAGCGACAGUUUAGGUCAACUUUUCUCAUCCCUGUAUAGUAAUCCCCAUUUGCCGAACAAUGUGCUAGAUACAGUUUAUAGCGGUAUUCACAACAUGUUCACUAUGUCAAUCAGACCUCUGUUACCAGUAACUUCUAGCUCUGCCGUAGCAAAACUGACAACCGAUCUAGAGAUGUUUAGUUCAACUUAUAAACGACAUCAGUUCUUUGAAAGUAAGGGUACUUUAGUUAAUCCUGAGCCUUAUACUGUAGGGCGACGAUUUGAUUACGUAAAAAAAAAAGGUAAAACUUAUUACCAAGCAGUAGAGUGCAUAGCCCAUAAAAUACCUAUUAGAGAUGUGUUGCACAAAUUUUUUUCGUUGCCUAACAUACUUCAUGAGACCAUCGAUGCUAUGAAAAAACUGAUGGCUCAUGACACGUCAAACAGUAUAGAGCAUUAUAUGCAUGGUUCAUUUUGGAGACAGAAAAAUCAUGGAGAUAAGAUAGUCAUGCCCAUAUUUUUGCAAAUUGACGAUUUCGAGACUUUGAACCCUUUGGGUAGUCAUAGUGGUGUGCACAAACUAGGAGCCGCAUACAUUUCUCUUCCUUGCCUGCCGUACUAUUGUGCCUCUCUGUUAGGUAACAUAUUUUUAGUCUUACUCUAUCAUUCCACUGACAGAGUGGAAUUUGGGAAUCGUAUAAUAUUUCAGCCCCUGAUUGACCAGUUUAAUGAUUUAUUUAAGCAUGGAAUAGUUUUUGAUUUGCCAGAUUUCAAGGGCACAAUUUACUUUGAGUUGUCAUUAAUUUUAGGAGAUAAUUUAGGCUUGCAUAGUGUUUUAGGAUUUGUUGAGAGUUUUUCAAGCAAUUUUCCUUGCAGAACAUGCAAAGUAGAGAAAAAAGUCAUGGCUAAUCAGGUUUAUGAAGAUGAAUCUCUCUUAAGGACCGAGUCAAAUUACCAGGAUGAUUUAAAAACGAAUAAUUCAUCUCUGACAGGCGUCAAAGAAAAAUGUAUAUGGCUCGACAUAGAAAAUUUUAAUUUAUUUUCGCAAAUGGGUUUUGAUGUAAUGCAUGACAUGCACGAAGGCUGUGCCAAAUACGUCAUGUGCUCUUUACUUGUGGUUUUUGUAGACAAAAUGAAAUAUCUUACAAUUGAUAUUGUUAAUAACAAAAUUUCCUCAUUUCAAUACGGUCCCGAUAAAAAAGAUAAGCCCGUCACGCUGGCCAUGUCCAAUUUACGAAAAGGCAAUAUACGUUUAAAUGCUGCCGAAAUGAGCACAUUUUGCAAGUAUUUUGGUGUAAUGUUUGGUGAUUUCAUUCCAAGACAUAAUAAAUAUUGGCAACUGUAUAUUCAAUUAAUGACUGUUUUAGAUUUUAUUAUGUCACCCCGUUUUGUAUCUGAGCAAAUAGACUAUUUUAAGUAUAUGAUCGCUGACUUUUGCGAAAUGUACAUCACACUGUUUAACCAAAGUCUUAAGCCUAAAUUUCACAAUUUACUGCACUAUCAUUCGGCAAUGUUACUUUUUGGUCCCUUGAGAUUUCUGUCUUCAAUGCGCUACGAAGCUAAACAUCGCUUCAACAAGUUAGCUGCAAAAUCAACAAAUAACCGAAUUAACAUGACACUGACAGUAGCUCGAAAGCAUCAGUUGAUGUUAAAUGACAUAUUCUUGAAAGAAACUAUUCGUUCGCCUCUUUCGUUUGGGGGCCAAGCAGAAGUACCAGUUAGUGAAUGUAAACAGAUUUUAGAUCAAAUGCAAUGGUCAGAUAUUACAAAAUUAUAUAAAGUGAGUUGGGCGGCAAAGUGUUCCGAGCGCUACCAAGUAAAUUCUGUAAUAGUUACUGCUAUUAAUGAAGAAAACAUUUAUUUUUCCAAAAUUGAUGACAUAUAUGUUGAUGGAGUGUCUAAGAUUAGUUUCAAGGCUAAGCCUUUACAAACAAUUGGUUUUGAUAAUCAUUACCAUGCUUAUAAUGUACUGGACUCAUUACAAUCAUCACACAUAUACAUUGAUCAAGACACCAUGCAGUAUCCGUUUUUGUGCAACUGUGUAGUCAUUGGGCAUAACAUUAAUCUUCCUGAGUAUCAUAUCGUACUCAGUAAACCGAUUUAAUUAACCCAACUAGAGUAAGAUUUAAUAAUUUGUAGUAAUAGUAAGUAUGAUUACAAUUACUUAUGCAGGUAUAAUGCAUACCCUAACUCAGUUUAGUAAAUUAAGUUCAAAAGGGCCGUGGAACAUUACAGUGUUAACAAUUCCUAUUUUAAACAUAUUUUUGUUCGUAUUUUAUUUUACAGGAAGUAAUCAAAUGUUAUAUUACGGUAAAUAUGUAAUGAUUAUUGAUGGGAAUAGCCCUCAUUAUGAAAACAGUUUUGUUCAUGCAGUGAUAAUAUGCUAAUAACCCAAAAAAAAAUAAAAAAUCUGCGGAUAUAAUUCGUGGUUUGGAAAAUCCCCCCCCCUACACCCUCGAGGACUUUUAGUAUGUUUAUCUGGACACCACAAGGUAUAAAUAACUAUACCAAUUUUCAAAACAACACGAAUUAUUUCUGCUGAUUGAUAUUUUCGGCUUAAUUUGACGUGGCUAUAAGUUUAGUUUCUAUUUAAACGAUAUGUAACUACAGUUGUGGCCCUAAGCGCCACUUGCACCAUCCUACUAACUAAUGAGGGGUUAACCGGUUAACCCCUCAUUAGUUAGUAGGAUGGUGCAAGUGGCGCUAGAUUGUUGUGUUAGGAAACACCUUGCAUGUAAGUAGUGACCUGAUGUAUGAAUAGCGUUGUCACUAUAAUAUUGACAGUAAGGUACAGAACUGCACGGGGUGGGUCACGUUAUACUGUUGUUGGUUAUUACCAGUACUUAGGUUAGGUUAGGUUAGGUUAACAGCAGGUAGAUAUAUCGUCGGGUGAUAAGCAAAAGUCACUAAGUACCACCACAAGUUCAUAGCCAUAGUGAACCGUAAUAUUAUGCGAAUAAGGUUGAUUUUUGUUUAAUUAUUUUUCAGUAGUUAGUGAGUUUUGCUUGUUACCUGACGGUAUGCUAAUUAUUAUUAUUUGUUCACAUUUAGCGGGUUCGAUUCCCGGAUCAGCCAGGCGAUUUUUCUUAAUUAUUUGCAAUUCGUAUUGUUUUGAAAUAAAAAUGAAAGGAAGCUAUUUUUACUUCUACUCGUCAAAUAUAUGGUCAUACUUCUAAUCCAUUCGCAUCCAUUUAACUUUGAAAUAGUAGGUACAGUCAGCUUCAAAUAGCCAGCCAAAGUCGCCAAAUAUGUCGCAACACACCUUUCUUGCCAUGGGAAUAAGGUUGUGUUUCGAUAUAUUUGGCGAGUUGUCACCAAAUAUUUGACGAGUGGAAGUAAAAAUAGCUUCAUUUCUAUAUUUAUUUAAAAACAAUACGAACUACAUUCAAAGAAUU